AUGACAUGUCACAGUGAUCGGAUGGAUAUUUACUUAGAGUUCGAUGAACCAUUCAAUGGUAUAAUUUUUGCGGAUAGCGCUUAUAAUGAGAGUGCUUGCCGUUGGGAAGCAUUCCUAUUUCCGGGCCAAAUGGAAGUUAUGCUUGUGGUAUUACAUUGCGACAAGCAACAGGUGAAGUAA